GCGAAAACGGGGAGUGAAGAAGUUUUUAAUGAAGAGUUCGCUGGAUGAGAUUGACACGGUCGAGCCRCUGAGGAGGGCUCUUCGACAGCCCAUGCAAUGCUCUAUUCUGGAGUACCUGGCGGCAUCAAAGCCGGCUCGCGAUGAGUUACAGAUGAUCACGCGCAAGGCUCGCAUACCUCUAUCAGAGGAGGGGCAAGGGGCCCCUAAGGCGGAAGCUUCUACAGUAGCAGUGACGGGGAUGACUGCCAGAGCAGAUCGCAUGGCAAUAGUCCUUCUCGAUGGAAUGGAAGGUGUGCCUCCAGACAAAUUUUAUAUACUGGGUAGUGGGGCAGAGGAGACAAUUAUCAACGAUGGAGCCAUACUUGAUGCUGUGAUCGAUAACGGCAGUGAGGCUAUUAUCAUAGACGACGACCUGGCAGUGCAGGUUGGGCUGGGCCUCGAUAGGUCAUAUUUAUUUGAGAUAGAGACAGCUGAUGGUGGAAAGCAACAAAUUACUGGGGUUUGUCACAAGGCAGCCAUAGAAGUCCAAGGGGUACGAGUGACGCUGCCCGUUUUUGCAGUCAAAAACUGCAGCUCUUACCUGCUCUUGGGACGGACAUGGCUGAGCCACGUGCAUGCGGUGACAAUAGAGCGACCUGACGGGAGCCAGACUUUGUCCAUUAAGAAGCCUGACGGGACACGCGUAAUGAUUGAGACAGUGGAACCUCGGGACCCGAGGAACAGAGCAGCUCUUGCUGUGGGAGCGAGACCCAGUGAUCAGGUUAGGACAUUACCUAUCCUCAGCCGUGCGGUGCGAUUUCGCGUGAAGGAGUAUGGACCACUGCUUACAGAGGAAGAAGGCUGAGUUGUCGAGAUAGAAGAUUUAGGGAUUCGGUUAAUAGUAGACGGCAGCUCGUACCCAAAGGGAGAAGAUGAGGAAUUAGGCGGCGUGGUAUCCGUG